AUGGUGCAGAAAUGGGCCGACACUCAGCCAUCCGGAGAUGUCCCCGGCCAAUCAGAUAUCACUUGUUUGAUUGACAAAAGGCAGAUGGAAUGUCUGAAUGGAGACGAUUCUACUCCGUUGGCUGGAUUACUUGAAGGUAUUUCUGAAUUAUCUCAUGGUCUUGAGGCUAUGGUGCAGAAAUGGGCCGACACUCAGCCAUCCGGAGAUACGAUUCCACUCCGCUGGCUGGAUUACUUGAAGGCAUCUUCGAAUUAUCUCACUUUUAAUGUGUUUGAAAUCUCAUAUUUAGGCGAGAAUGUGCUUAGAUCCGAUUGUGAUGAACAGCUUAUCAUUUCUCUCCCAUUCACUCAGCCUGUCAAGGUACAUUCCAUUAUGCUGAAGGUAAGAGUUCUACGUUUAGAUGUGCCUUUGGUUAGAACUGGGUUAUUUCUAUUGAAGGGCAACGAAGAAAAAACGCCCAGACUUGUGCGGGUAUUUUCAAAUCUUCCAAAUACGCUAGACUUUGAUGGGGCAACUUCUGUCGAAGCUGUUCAGGUACUGGAAUUCAGUGAAAAGGCGCAAACUGGUGAGCGGCAUCUUUUUGGUUUUACUCAUCAUUAA